CCAGUGCCAGUAUAUUGGAGGAAGCAAGCUCAAUGUUAGAGCAAAAGGACAGGGACCUGGCCAACAUCAUUCGAGGCAUUUACAGUCAGACAGAGGAGCCUCAGGAACCCCUGCGGAGGGCACUGCAGCACAUGCUCCAACCAGCCAUCAGUACCGUCUUUGUGGGCUACCUGACCAUGGAUACACUGCUUUAUGUCUGGGACCAGGUAAUCAUUGGACUUGAUCAGCCAUCAUAUAACUGCCUCCCUGCAUUCAGCACAGCCUUCAUCUUAUUGCUUCGGGACUAUCUGAAGACAUGUCAGUCGCCAGGCCAGAUGGAAGCAGCUCUAAGGACUCAAGGGCCAAAUUUGUCUGUGCAAGAAUUUCAAGACGUGAUCAGAAAACACUUCUUCAGAGAACUGUCCAGCCAGCUACACCGAGAUGACAGUGACCCCUUCCCAGUCCAUGAUCCCACACAAGCUUUGCCUCCCUGGAGCUACUUGUGCAGAGUACCAGUACCUCCAAGAACCAGAGCUCAGGACAGAAGACAAGCAAGAGCGGAGCGUGAGAUGCUUCAAAGGCAGCACAUGGAGAGACUGAAACAGGAAGAAAGGUUGCAAAGGUUUAGAGAAGAGGAACAAAAGAGGCAACAAGAGGGCAGACUACUACAGCUUCUGGAAGAGACUAAAGGAACCUUUGAAGCACGAAGGGUCUAUCUGGAAGAACAACUAUCACAGGAGAAACAACUGCGCUAUGAAAUACAGAGGAAGGCAGAGGCACAGAUCAAUGGGCUGCAAGCUGAAAUCAAAAGACUCAUGGAGAAGAGGCUUUCUAUUGAUGCAUACUCAGAGGGAAGCCUCAUAGCACCUGCACCUUCGCUGCAGUCCCUGACUCCAUCUCAGAUGUUGCCUCCUCAACCUUCCCCAGUACAACCACCACCUCCUACAGUUACAGAUGGUACAAACAGGACCAGGGAAAUUCAUGGCAAAACAGCAAAAACCAUAACUCUGGAUCUACUUGAACAGCUAAUGCAGGCUGCAAACACAAUUGCUAAUGGGAGCAAUGCAGCCGAGCAGGACUCUUUGAAUGCAGCUACCAAAGAACAUCUUCGGAACUAUAACCAAGACUGCAAAAAUGCAGAGAUUGAAGUAUUUGGACACCAGAUAAACACAGAAGACAGAGAAAAAAUUCCAGAACCCAAAAGACAACUACAGGAAAAAUUAACUGCAGCUAUCAGAAGACAUGCUGAGGCCCGUUACAAAGCCCAGUUUGCAGCAAGGAGGAUGUUAUCAGAGCCUGAUUAUAUGGGUGCAAUGCUCUGUACCUCAGGGGAACACCCAGCACCCCCAUGUUCAUCCUUGUAAAAUGAUGUGUGGUAUCCAAUGCAA